ACCACCCCGAUGCGGAACCUAGUUCGGGGUGCGAUUGAGCUUGGGGGAACGUCAACAACGGUUCUGCCGGCCAAAAUUUAGGUGAUGCAUUUCCCGUCCAAUCUUGGUUGUAAGAGCAGUCCGGCUUGGCGGCGGAGUUAGUCAGCACCCGGCCAUUUUAAGCUUAAACCAAAAUCUUUAUUUUGACGCCAGACCAAAACAUUUUGUUGCGCCAUCAGAUCAGGUCGGAACUACUACCGGCCCGCAGCGAAUAUUAAUUGAUCUAAUCUACCUUUAAAGAAAAAGCCUGCCUGAGGGAUUUGCAAAAUGUGCACAUGAAUAUUAGCUGGUGAUCUUGACGCCUUUUUACUCGCGGCUCUUAUGGACUUCUUUUUCCCCACCGCUGUGAUAUCUGAGGCAUCAUCUACGGUGUAGACCUCUUUUGUACCUGGUGUUCUUUCUUUGCCUUUCUGUGGCUACAAGCGUCCACGGGUCGAAAAGCCGAUCUCAAAUACAUAUAUGCAUAUGACCCUCUAGUUAUAUGAGCGCUAUGGAGAAUGCAAUUAUAUCAACCCUUUCUCUGUCUCGAGAAGGCGCUGUGGAGUUUGUGUCUGAAUCGUACUUCAAAAUAAUCAUAGCCUGUGCUAUAUUAGUAUGCAUUAUAACACGGACAUAUAGCGGCUUCCGUUCCUGUUUCAGAGGCACCAAUGCUGAUGAAGCAUGGAGACCCAAAACCCUCCCAUACUGGGUUCCAUAUUUUGGGCAUGCCCUCUCAUUGGGGUUCUGCCGCCGGAGCCUACUUAAACAUGCUAGAGACACCACCCCGGAGCCUGUUUUUAGUCUCUACAUCUGCGGCCAGAGGCAUAACAUAAUCACAUCUCCAUCACUGGCCAAGGCUCUUUUGGCCGAGCAAAAAUCGUCGAUCGUGCCCAAUGCCUUCACCACAUAUGUUAUGGAGCGCGUUUUUGGAGCGCCAAAGAGUACCAGAAAACUCAACCGGGCCGAAUUCGACGCUCAGUGUAGAUCAAUGGAAUUUCAAAUGCAAGAACCGCUUGCAUCCGACUGUUCAUCUGCCACCAUCCAAAAGAUCGAGCAGAACAUGCCAAAUAUGUUGUCCUUUUGCUCGAGUGUUGUCGAUCAGUAUCUAUGGGAGCGGAUGAGCACCAUUUCCCUCAUUGGUGAUGGCGACGAUCAAGUUUGCGAAGUAAACCUCAAUACCUUAGUCCGGAACUUUGUUGCUGUAACUGUGAUGACGGCAAUCAUGGGAGAAGACUUCAUGGAAGCACUUCCAAAUACCCCGGAUGAUAUUAGGAAAUUUAACAAUAACUUCAAUGCCAUUAUCCUGGGGAUCCAACGAUGGGUUCCCUUCCCAGGACUUCCCACCUCAUAUCGGUCGCGACGUAGGCUUUUGCAUGGCAUGGCGGCCUUUCAUUCCGCGUUCGCAGUUGCAGAAAAUGGUCACGAUCCCGGAUUCGACUGGCGUCAAAUUGAUGAAGUUUCCGAAUUUAUGCAAGACCACUGCCGAGCAUGGAAAGACGCUGGACUUUCAGCUACGUCAAUGGCUGCAGAAAGUCUAGCACUCUUAUGGGCUAUGGACACGAAACUGAACACAAUCAUAUUUUGGAAUCUCCUUCACAUCCUAGCUGAUGGCCCAAUCCACUCUCGGAUCAUGAAGGAAAUUGCCCCCUAUUCUCGAGCCGGGCGGCCGAAUGCUGGCGAGACGGGGUUCAGACUACCAGAACCGCCACGAGUAUCGCUGGAUAUCGAUCACCUUAUUUCUUGCCCGUUGCUCAAAGCAACCUACUAUGAGACCCUGCGCCUGCACUCAUGUCCAAUCACCUACCGGAAGAUCACUAAGGAGUUCAAACUAACCGAAUCCGCCAGUGAUGCGAAAAUCGCCAACCGAAAACAACAGACAUACCAGUUUAAAGAAGGAGAAUUUAUCGCAAUACCGCAGACUCUUCACAAUACCGAUUCACACUAUUUCGAGGACCCAGAAGAAUUCGAGCCAGAAAGAUUUUUAGCGGAGAAGGCAGUCGAUACCAGCGAGUCUUCCGAGAAGUCUAGACCAUCUAAAAAACGGGAGUCGUUCACUGCCCAACCGGAGCUUGCACUUAAAAUACCGGAAACAUGGACUGUCUAUGGUGGCGGCGGGCAUACUGUGAGUCAGGAUGGGAAAUUCGCUGAAAGGAUAACGUUGGGGUUCGUUGCUGGUUUGUUGGCAAUGUGGGAUAUUCAGCCGGCUAAGGGCUUAGGAUGGAAGAUACCGAAACGGAGAACUGGUGGGCUUGUUUAUGAGCCACAGACUGAUAUCAGGGUGAGGAUAAAGUCGAAAGUGUAAUUUAGAACGAUAUACGGAGUUUUAUUAAAUCUUGCACUUCAUGUUUAUUCUUGCCCUUUUACUUACACACAAUAUAAUCCUUUUCAAUUGCUUUCUCCCAAUGAGGGAAACUGGGUUUACUUCCUAGAUCGCCGUCGCCAUCAACCAAGCCGCGACUGGAACUGCCCUUUGAAUUGCGGCUGUUGCCCAAUGCCUUGCGCUGCAUCGACA